GAAUGACUGACAUCACCAUCACUUAGAGGAUGGAUCCAUCAAUACUAAUGCAGAUUGAAGCUGUGUACUACCCUAUUCUUGCAAUCGUUGGUGUUCCUGCGAACCUAUUAUCAAUUGUUGUUCUUCUUCGUGGGAAUUGUGGUCUCUCGAAAUGUAUUACCUGUUACCUUGUGUCGAUGGUGGCAGCAGACCUCCUUGUUCUAAACUUUGAAGUAAUUCUGCUUGGGGUUAAAAACACCUAUUUUCCAAAAUCAUUUCUGGAUUACACUUCCAUUUGUUGUCUUACUUUUGUCUUCAGUUUUAUUUCGAUUGAUUGCUCUGUCUGGUUAACAGUGGCUUUCAGCUUUGAUCGCUCUGUAUCCAUCUGUUUCCAAAAAUUGAGAGUAAAAUACUGCACAAAGAAAACUGCAACUCUGGCUAUAACCGUUGUUUUUGUACUUUGCAUUGGACAAAAUUUGCCACUUUAUUUUGUAAACCAACCUGGAACUGUUAUUGACAACAUGGCAUGGUUCUGUGUUGUAAAGCCUGAGUUCUAUGUUUUACCCACUUGGAAGGCAUACUUGUGUUUUGAUACUAUUUUAACUCCAUUUUUGGCAUUUUUCUUUAUUUUGCUAUUUAAUGGUUUGACCAUCAGGCAUAUUGUAAUGAGCAGUAAGGUAAGACGAAGCUUCAAGGAAAAUAUAAAAGACCCAGAAACAGAUAAUCGCAGAAAAUCCAUCAUAUUACUACUUGCUAUUUCUGGAAGUUUUAUCUCACUAUGGAUGUUAAUUUCUUUCUGUAGUAUAUCUGUACAAUUUACAGAAAACCAGUUUUACCAAACUGAUCACAAUGAUCUUUUCACAACUUUGGAACUGGCUGGAUACAUGCUUCAACGUCUGAAUUCCGGCACCAACACAUUCAUUUAUGCAAUGGUGCAAACUAGGUUCAGAAAUGAAAUAAAGAAUAUGAUUAAAUGUCAAAACUAUCAGAAGAUACCAAAAUAA